AUGCUUGACCUUAACCUGUUUCAAGUCGAAAAGGGAGGAAAUCCUGAGCUUAUCCGCGAGUCCCAGCGUAGAAGGGGUGCUUCUGUCGAAUUAGUUGAUAAAAUUAUUGCUUUGUACGAUGAAUGGAGAAGAGUUCGAUUCGAUCUUGACCAAGUAAACAAAGCGAUAAACGCUAUUCAAAAAGAUAUUGGCAAAAAAAUGAAGGCAAAAGAGAAUGCCUCAGAUCUCAUCUCACAGAAGGAAGAAAAAACAAAAGAGAAAGAGCGAUUGAUGGCUCUUGAAAAGGAAAAGGAAGAGAUACUGAGAUCUGAAGCAUCCGCUAUUGGUAAUAUUGUCCACCAGUCAGUUCCCACUUCAAUGGACGAGGAGAAUAACGAGAUUAUUAGGACAUGGGAACCAGCCGACAAGGAAGGAGAACAUGUAAAUAAACCUGUGAAGAAGGAUAACAUAUUAUCCCAUCACGAGGUUUUGCAUAGGAUUGAUGGUUAUGACGCCGAAAGAGGCACGAAAACUGCUGGGCAUCGUGGUUAUUUUCUUACAAGCGAGGGUGUUGAUUUUAACUUGGCACUUAUACAGUACGGUCUCUCUUUCUUGAGAAAGAAAGGAUACAAGAAGCUGCAAACACCUUUUUUCAUGAGAAAAGAAUAUAUGGCAAAGACUGCUCAAUUAGAGCAGUUUGAUGAAGAGCUAUAUAAGGUAGUUGGAGAUGGUGAUGAUAAAUAUUUGAUUGCCACUUCAGAACAACCAAUAUCGGCCUUCCAUGCCAAUGAAUGGUUUGAAAGACCUUCCGAGCAAUUACCAGUAAGAUAUGCAGGUUACUCAACAUGUUUCCGCAAGGAAGCUGGAGCUCAUGGCAAAGACACCUGGGGUAUUUUCCGAGUACAUCAGUUUGAAAAAAUAGAACAAUUUGUUCUUACCACGCCUGAAACCUCAUGGGAUGAAUUUGAUCGUAUGAUUGCCAACUCGGAGGAGUUUUAUCAAUCACUUGGCCUGCCUUAUCGUAUUGUCUCUAUUGUCUCUGGGGCACUGAAUAAUGCAGCCGCAAAGAAAUAUGAUCUUGAGGCAUGGUUCCCAUUCCAAGGAGAAUAUAAGGAAUUAGUCAGUUGCAGCAAUUGUACCGAUUAUCAAAGCAGGAGAUUGGAGAUACGUUGUGGUACAAAGAAAAUGGGGGAUAGAGAGAAGAAAUAUGUGCAUUGUUUAAACGCUACACUUUGUGCUACUGAAAGGACUUUGUGUUGUCUUUUGGAAAACUGGCAAACUCCUGAGGGUGUCAUCAUACCGGAACCUUUAAGGCCAUACAUGGAUGGAAGGGAUUUCUUACCUUUUGUUAAGCCAUUACCUAAGAAAAAGUGA